CGGGUAAACAGGGAGCUCUUCCGACAACCCGAAGGAUUUCCUCGGAUACACGCCACGUGACCUUCUAGGAGCUUCUGCCGCCAAGAAAUCCGGAGAUCGAGAAAGGCCUGGAAAAUUUUCGAGACUUUGGCUUCAUCCUCACCUCUUAUCCCUCUCUACCCUCUUCCUCUUCAUCUUUCUCCUUCUGCAUCCGUUCUGCUCUGGGAGUUCUGAUCGGGCAGCUCCUCUCUGCGCAUCCUACUUAUCGCAUUUGUCUUGUUUCAAUUGUCUUCUCUUCUCCCUUUCUCCCUUUCAACAUGCAGCGAGCUCUUUCUUCUAGGACCUCGGUCCUCUCUGCUGCUUCCAAGCGCGGUGCUCUCUACAAGCCUACUGGUAUCAACCUCCAGCAGCAACGAUUUGCCCACAAGGAGCUCAAAUUCGGCGUUGAGGCUCGUGCCCAACUCCUGAAGGGUGUUGACACUCUUGCUAAGGCCGUCACAUCUACUCUCGGUCCUAAGGGUCGCAAUGUGUUGAUCGAAUCGCCUUACGGCUCCCCGAAGAUCACCAAGGACGGUGUGACCGUUGCCAAGGCAAUUCAGCUCCAGGACAAAUUCGAGAACCUCGGUGCCCGUCUCCUUCAGGAUGUCGCUUCCAAGACCAACGAACUUGCUGGUGACGGAACCACCACCGCCACGGUCCUCGCUCGCGCUAUCUUCUCCGAGACCGUCAAGAACGUUGCUGCUGGCUGCAACCCUAUGGAUCUGCGCCGCGGUAUCCAGGCUGCCGUUGACGCUGUCGUUGACUACCUCCAGCAGAACAAGCGUGCCAUUACCACUGGCGAGGAGAUUGCCCAGGUCGCUACCAUCUCCGCCAACGGCGACACCCACGUUGGAAAGCUCAUCUCCACCGCCAUGGAGCGCGUUGGCAAGGAGGGUGUUAUCACCGUCAAGGAGGGCAAGACUCUCGAGGACGAGCUUGAGGUUACCGAGGGUAUGCGCUUCGACCGUGGAUACACCUCCCCUUACUUUAUCACCGACGCCAAGUCCCAGAAGGUUGAGUUCGAGAAGCCUCUGAUCCUCCUCUCGGAGAAGAAGAUCUCUGCCGUUCAGGACAUCAUCCCCGCUCUCGAGGCUUCCACCACUCUCCGCCGCCCUCUUGUUAUCAUUGCUGAGGACAUUGAGGGUGAGGCUCUCGCUGUCUGCAUUCUCAACAAGCUCCGUGGCCAGCUCCAGGUCGCUGCUGUGAAGGCUCCUGGCUUCGGUGACAACCGUAAGAGCAUCCUCGGCGACCUGGGUGUCCUCACCAACGGUACCGUCUUCACCGAUGAGCUUGACAUCAAGCUCGAGAAGCUCACCCCCGACAUGCUUGGUUCCACCGGCUCCAUUACCAUCACCAAGGAGGAUACUAUCAUCCUGAACGGUGAGGGCAGCAAGGACGCUAUCGCUCAGCGCUGCGAGCAGAUCCGUGGUGUCAUGGCUGACCCUACCACCUCUGAGUACGAGAAGGAGAAGCUCCAGGAGCGUCUCGCUAAGCUCUCCGGCGGUGUUGCCGUCAUCAAGGUCGGUGGUGCUUCCGAAGUCGAGGUCGGCGAGAAGAAGGACCGUGUCGUUGAUGCCCUGAACGCCACCCGUGCUGCUGUUGAGGAGGGUAUCCUCCCCGGUGGUGGUACUGCUCUCCUCAAGGCCUCUGCCAACGGCCUCGAGAACGUCAAGCCUGCCAACUUCGACCAGCAGCUUGGUGUCAGCAUCAUCAAGAGCGCUAUCACCCGUCCUGCCCGCACCAUCGUUGAGAACGCCGGUCUUGAGGGUAGCGUUAUCGUUGGCAAGCUCACCGAUGAGUUCGCCAAGGACUUCUACCGCGGCUUCGACAGCUCCAAGGGCGAGUACGUUGACAUGCUCGCUGCCGGUAUCGUCGACCCUCUCAAGGUUGUCCGCACCGCCCUUGUCGAUGCUAGCGGUGUCUCCUCCCUGCUCGGUACCACCGAGGUUGCCAUCGUUGAGGCUCCUGAGGAGAAGGCUCCUGCUGCUCCCGGCGGCAUGGGUGGUAUGGGUGGCAUGGGCGGCAUGGGUGGCGGCAUGUUCUAAACUGCCCCAUCUUUGGUCGUCUAAUGUACUCCUAACACUUUCCAGCGCAAUUUUUAGAGGAUUUUCUUCGAGCGUGUCUUUGCAUACAAUGGGCAUACCUUGAUAUGUUUUGAGAUCUCUAUUUAUGUAUUAUUUUCCUUAUGUUUUUAAUGUGUUACAUGCCUUUAUUACUCAUCCUGACCUAUACCUCCUGUUAUCUCUCUCCGCACUCUGUUGAUUUGGGCUUUUCUAUACUCCAUCUCCAUCUCCGCUCUACCUUUUUGGCAUAAAAGUCAGGGGAGUCUGUGUAUUAUAUCCUGUACUUUUUCAUCCCACAAUACCACCGUGGUCUGUUC